UUUGCCCCCCUUUCUACUCACUCUUGGUGAUCCACUGCCCAGUUGUCCCAGGAAAGCACUAAGACAUGUCCUGUCUUCUGCCCACCUGUGUUUCAAGUCUCUGGACACAGGGCCGGGAGACCCCACCCGAGAAGACUGACCACAGCAGGCAUCAGUGUUUUUCUGAUCGAAGUCCUCAUUUACCGACUAUGGAAAUGGAACAAGAGAAAGUCAACAUGAGUAAGGCACUGAGCGCAGACUCGGGCUCGUACCGCUGCUCCGCAUGCCAUGGGGACGAGGACUGGGGGUCCAAGCAUCCCAUUCGGGGGCGGGCCAAGUCCCGCAGCCUGUCUGCCUCGCCUGCCCUGGCCAGCGCCAAAGAGUUCAGGAGGACUCGCUCUUUGCAUGGGCCAUGCCCGGUGACCACGUUUGGACCAAAGGCCUGCGUUCUGCAGAACCCUCAGACCAUCAUGCAUAUCCAGGACCCUGCCAGCCAGCGGUUGACGUGGAACAAGUCCCCAAAGAGUGUUCUCGUCAUCAAGAAGAUGCGGGAUGCUAGCCUGCUGCAGCCCUUCAAGGAGCUCUGCACGUACCUGAUGGAGGAGAACAACAUGAUUGUUUAUGUGGAGAAGAAGGUUCUAGAAGACCCUGCCAUGGUGAGCGAUGACAACUUUGGAGCAGUGAAGAAAAAGUUCUGCACCUUCAGAGAAGAUUAUGAUGACAUUUCCAAUCAGAUCGAUUUCAUCAUAUGCCUGGGAGGGGAUGGGACCCUGCUUUAUGCCUCAUCACUGUUCCAGGGCAGCGUACCUCCGGUCAUGGCAUUCCACCUGGGUUCCCUGGGCUUCCUAACCCCCUUCAACUUCGAGAAUUUUCAGUCCCAAGUUACUCAGGUGAUACAAGGGAAUGCAGCUGUUGUUCUUCGGAGCCGGCUGAAGGUCCGGGUCGUGAAGGAACUCAGAGGGAAGAAGAUGACGAUGCCCAACGGGAUCAGCGAGAAUGGAGUACUGGCUGCAGACCUGGACACGGAGGUUGGGAAGCAGGUCAUGCAGUAUCAGGUCCUGAACGAGGUUGUCAUCGAUAGAGGUCCCUCCUCGUACCUGUCCAACGUAGAUGUCUACCUAGACGGGCACCUCAUCACCACAGUGCAGGGUGACGGCGUGAUCGUCUCCACCCCAACGGGCAGCACAGCGUAUGCGGCCGCCGCCGGGGCCUCCAUGAUCCACCCCAACGUGCCAGCCAUCAUGAUCACGCCCAUCUGCCCCCACUCGCUGUCAUUCCGACCUAUUGUGGUCCCUGCAGGGGUCGAGCUGAAGAUCAUGCUUUCACCGGAAGCAAGGAACACCGCAUGGGUGUCCUUCGAUGGACGGAAAAGACAGGAAAUCCGCCAUGGAGACAGCAUCAGCAUCACUACCUCUUGCUACCCGCUUCCUUCCAUCUGCGUCCGAGACCCUGUGAGCGACUGGUUUGAGAGCCUUGCACAGUGUCUGCACUGGAACGUGCGGAAGAAACAGGCGCAUUUCACGGAGGAGGAGGAGGAGGAGGAGGAAGGGGAGGAGGGGGAGGGGGAGGGCUAGGUCUGAGCUCCUGCUGUCCACACUCAGGACCCCAGAGUCCCGAAGCUGCUCCCCUGCCUGGUUCCCACUCACCUUCCGCCUUCUGGGAACAGGCUGACCUGAGCACAUGCGCUGUGAGCCCGAGCAGGCAUCAGAAGUCACAGCACUUUGUAGCCAGGGGAAGAGCCGGAAUCUGCCUUUUGUCAACCAGAUCAGCUGUUUUUAACAUUUUAAAUCUUGACUUCUUUUUUGCAUUUCUAAAUAAGAAAAGUGAUGUUGGGGGGCACCUGUGCUGUGGCUCAGGGCCUGGCCGCAGGUUGGGGAUGCCAGAGCUGGGUGUGCUCUGUGUAAUUCUUUGUCAGGAAACCUGUGCUUCAAUCAGUAUGUUGAAAUUCAUAGGGGAUCAGAAUGGAUUGAUCCGUCUUUCCGUGUUGAAAAUAAAUGUCUUGUAGCCAAAAACCUAUAGCUACCACGAUUUUCCCCUUAAAUCCUGCACCUUUUCCCUUAAAAGGACUUAGAGGGGACACUUCUGCAGAGACAGUUUGGUAUUUGAUUGGCUGAUGAAUGUAGGGGUCCCCUCUCUCUCCUGCUCAGCAUCUGUACCUCAUCUGGGCAUACCUUCCUGCCUUGGUCACAAGGCUCUCCCCUCCCCCGCUGCUGUGGUGUGACAGGUGCCGGCAGAGCUCCAUGCUGUCGCCCCCUGCAAGCCCAGCGUGACCUGGUAGGAGGUCAGACCCAUGCACAUUCCUCGUGAAGCAGGGGCAGCCCCCUCUGUACCCUGAAAGGUAUUUUAAAUCCUGUGUAUACUUUGUAGACAUUAUUUUAAGUUUUCUGAACUGCUUAUGUACAGAUUUUAUUGUACACACUUUGAAGAUUUCAGAGGGGAUGGGAUUUGGACUGUUGUGAAAUGGAGCCUUGUUCCGAUGUUUACACGUGUUCUGUUUGGUGCCGUGAGCUGGGACCACUCUGUUCAGCAUGCUCACUGUGGGGGUGAUGGUCCAUGGAGAGACAGGGCGCUUCUCGGUUAGUAAGCCGUGGUACUUUGUGACUACAACUAGAAGAUGGGGACGCAUUGGUUAGUGAGGAAAGAGGUGGUGGGGACGUUCUGUGUCCAUUCUGCUCUUGCUUCUCCCCAUUGGCCUGGGCUUGCGAGGAAACUCCCAUCAUUCCAGCGGUCACUCCUUUGCCAGCUGGCCACCCAGACCAUAGGCGUGUGUGUUUGCCACCUGGGACCAGAGCCAGAGUGGUCUGGUGGGAGCUGUGGCUCAGUGCACAUGGCUUUGGCCCCCGGUUGCUGUUUGUUGCCUGACAGACAUCCUACACUUGGGCAUCUGUUUCUGAGUAACUGAUUUCUCUUUGAGGUGCAUUUUUAAUCUAUUGAAUUGGCAAGAACACAAGGGACAGAAGCUGCCCUUUCUUGGACUCUUCUGGAGUAAGAGGGAUGGGCCUGUGCUUUGCCCUCGUGGAGGGUCACAUGCCUCAUUCUUGGGCUGAUAGAAGGGCUCUGGAGCACGUGUGCAGCCACGCUGAGCCAGGGGCCUCCACAGAGCAGGCUCUGCAGCCUGAGCACCAUCUCCUGUGUCUGCUUUAGUGCCUGUGGCUCUCAGUGUGGUGCUUGGCCAACGGCCCUUAUCACCCACCCACCCACAGGCACCUGGCAAGGUCAGAGGCUCACUGCUCAGACUCCCUUGGGCUGAGAGGGGGCUGAACCAAACCUCCCAGCUUUAGGUCCCAAAGACAGUGUCAUUCAGAAUUUGAGUCACUGGUUUAGACAGAAAAAAAAAAAAAAAAAAAAGCAAGUGCUAACCAAGUCUGAAAGCAGCAUGAUUUGGAAGAAAACUUUGGAUUUUUUGAAGUAAAUUCUUAAUGUUUCAUAUUGUUAAUAUCUUGAAAAUUUGUUAGAUGUUGUUGGAAGCCUUAUUACUAUUUUCAGAUCCUUUCAAUAAACAGACUUGUUUAAAAAGUU